CAGGAGUGGGUUGAAAGUCCAAGAUUUCACAUUUCACCUGACGACUUUGCUGCGGUCGGGACUAACAGAAAUGAUGAAGCUAAUUCACAAGGGAAAUAGAAUGUUACCACUACUUCUGACAUGGGUAAUACUUGUGCACACUGGAGAAGAAAUCGUCUUUAAUCCUAGCAAAACCUCUUUUGCUGAAGCUCCUAUGGAGGUUACCCUGUUUAAUGGAACUCUGUUUGCCACUUGUGAAGUCAUACCUGACAUUAAUCUUCCUGCUGACCAUCCCAAAAUAUAUGGACAAGUUCUCUUCAAACAAGAAUUCCCAGCAGGUAUACUGCAAGUACUAGUUAAUGUUUAUGGCUUGCCCACUAAUGACCAACAAAAACGAGCUAUUCACAUUCAUCAGUAUGGAGACCUGAGCCAAGGGUGCAUCACUGCUGGUCCACACUACAAUCCACUGGGGGUGAACCAUCCUGCACACCCUGGUGAUUUUGGCAACUAUGCGCCCAUUAAUGGAACUAUAAGGCAACACCUAAAUGUGGAAAAAGGCACCCUUUUUGGUGGUCAGUCAAUUUUGGGACGUGUUGUUGUGAUCCAUGAGAAGGAGGAUGAUUUAGGGUUAGGGCCAAAUGAAGAGAGCAAACGAAGUGGGAAUGCAGGAAGAAGGAUCGCUGGAUGUGUUAUUGGCAUUUCGCCUCCUAGCCUUUGGGAGAAACUCACCAGGGAGAUGGAGGGAGGAAAUAAUGAUAAGUAGCAUGGCAAAACAUGAAACAUAGAAUAGGAGGAGUGAGAGACAGAUAAAGAAGACAAAUCAGGAAUAUAUCUAAGAAAAUCUUGGGUCUGAGCCUAUAAGAACUCGAUGUCAACAACAGAGGCCUAUAAGAUUUAUUAUGUUCUCAGUUUAGGAACAAACCAAAUGGGCAAUAUAUUAAGGCGUAAAACUC